CACGGCCAGGCUCGAUGAGGCUUUGUCUCCCGACCGCGCGCGGGGCCGAUUCUCCCGCCUCCCAGCCCCGGCGCACGCGCGCCCCGCCCAGCCUGCCUUCUCUCCGCGCCCUCCCCUCUCCUUUCUCCCUCUCAGAACCUUCCUGCCGCCGCGUUCGCACCUCGCUGCUCCAGCCUCUGGGGCGCAUUCCAGCCUUCCAGCCUGCGACCAGCAGAGAAAAAAAAUUACAUAUUUUUUUUGCCCCGUACAUACCUUGAGGCGAGCAAAAAAAUUAAAUUUUAACCAUGAGGGAAAUCGUGCACAUCCAGGCUGGUCAGUGUGGCAACCAGAUCGGUGCCAAGUUCUGGGAGGUGAUCAGUGAUGAACAUGGCAUCGACCCCACUGGCACCUACCACGGGGACAGCGACCUGCAGCUGGACCGCAUCUCCGUGUACUACAAUGAAGCCACAGGUGGCAAAUAUGUUCCUCGUGCCAUCCUGGUGGAUCUAGAACCUGGGACCAUGGACUCUGUUCGCUCAGGUCCUUUUGGCCAGAUCUUUAGACCAGACAACUUUGUUUUUGGUCAGUCUGGGGCAGGCAACAACUGGGCCAAAGGCCACUAUACAGAAGGGGCCGAGCUGGUUGAUUCUGUCCUGGAUGUGGUCCGCAAGGAGGCUGAGAGCUGUGACUGCCUUCAGGGCUUCCAGCUGACCCACUCACUGGGCGGGGGCACAGGCUCUGGAAUGGGCACUCUCCUUAUCAGCAAGAUCCGAGUAGAGUACCCUGAUCGCAUCAUGAACACCUUCAGUGUGGUGCCUUCACCCAAAGUGUCUGACACCGUGGUCGAGCCCUACAAUGCCACCCUCUCCGUCCAUCAGUUGGUAAAGGCCUUCCUCCAUUGGUACACAGGCGAGGGCAUGGACGAGAUGGAGUUCACCGAGGCUGAGAGCAACAUGAAUGACCUCGUCUCUGAGUAUCAGCAGUACCAGGAUGCCACCGCAGAAGAGGAGGAGGAUUUCGGUGAGGAGGCUGAAGAGGAGGCCUAAGGCAGAGCCCCUAUCACCUCAGGCUUCUCAGUUCCCUUAGCUGUCUUACUCAACUGCCCCUUUCCUCUCCCUCAGAAUUUGUUUGCUGCCUCUAUCUUUUUUUUUUUUGUUUUCUUCUGGGGGGUCUAGAAUAGUGCCUGGCACAUAGUAGGCGCUCAAUAAAUACUUGUUUGUUGAAUGUCUCCUCUCUCUUUCCACUCUGGGAAACCUAGGUUUCUGCCAUUCUUGGUGACCCUGUAUUUCCUUCGGGUGCCCAUUCCUUCCAUUUGUCCAGUUAAUAUUCCCCUGUUAAAAAUCUGCAAGAAGCUGGGUCUCAUCUAGAUCCCAUUUAGAACCAACCAGGUGCUGAAAACGUAUGUAGAUAAGGGCAACCAUCCUAAGUGCAAAGUAGAAAAUGGUAGAAGGUAGUGGGAUAGAAGUCACUGUAAGGAAGGGGAUGGGAUUUUCCAUUCUAAAAGUUUUGGAGAGGGAAAUCCAAGCUAUUAAAAGUCAUUAAUUUCUACGUAUUUCCAUUUCCCAUCUCAGCUUCAAGGGAGGUAUAAGCAGUAUUAUUUCCAUUUUCGAUCUCCCUCCGAGCUCUACCUUUUGGAGGGGUCUGCCUCACUCUGUCGAGUGGAAUCCUUCCCUCCAACUCGACCUCCCUCACUCAUUAAACUCCUUUCCCCUGAUCAGAGAAAGGCAUCAAGGGGGGAAAGAGACCAGCCUUGGUCCCUAAGCCUCCAGAAAUGUCCUAACCCCCCACCUUUUCUUGUCCCCAAAAAGGAAUUAACAUCCCUAUGUGGAAUGGUGUAUACUGCCACAUCAGUGUUUGAGUCAAUGCCCAGAGGAGAGGGGGAACCUCCUCCAUCUUUUUUGCAACAUCUCAUAUCUUCCCUUUGCUGUUGCUUCCCCCCACCACACACUUGAUUUUGUUCUAUCCUACAUUUGAGAUCUAUUUUGUGUUGAACUUGCUGCUUUUUUUCAUAUUGAAAAGAUAACAUUGCCCCAAGAGCCAAAAAUAAAUGGGAAUUG